AUGCUUCUCCGCUCCCUACCCCGUGCUGCUCGUACUGCUACAGGUACCUCGACAGCAUGCACGCGAGGUGUUCCCUCCGCGACUAGAAACUUUCAAUCGUCGACUCGCUCCCUGGCUCCGAUCUUCGCUACCGUUCAACAGCCUCCCAUGACCAGCCAUUCGCAAAGCCGGACCGCCCACGCGAUCUCGAACCCUACACUUGCCGGAAUUGAGAAAAGAUGGGAAGCCAUGCCGCCUCAAGAACAAGCCGAGCUAUGGAUGCAAUUGAGAGAUCGGAUGAAGGUUGACUGGCAUGAAAUGACUUUGCAAGAAAAGAAAGCUGCAUGGUGGAUUGCAUUCGGCCCUCAUGGUCCUCGCGCAGAGACACCACCGGGUGAAUGGACCAAGGUCUGGAUUUACACUGCAACUGGGGUUGGCAUUGCUGCAGCCCUGUUCUUUGGCAUCCACGCAUUCGCGAGACCACCACCACGCACUAUGACCAAAGAGUGGCAAGAAGCCACCAAUGAAUACCUUAAGUCCGAGAGGAGCAAUCCUAUUUAUGGUAUUAGCAGCGAAGGUUAUCAAGGGAAGGGUCACGUUCAAAGCAAGUCGGCCAAGGCCCAAGGCAUCAAACUGGAAGCGGAUGAGUAG